AUGAGCAUACUGCUUGUCGGCAGUCUGGCAGCCACUUCCCUCGCCGUCGUCAUUGGCCUCUCUCUGUCAACCUUUUCAUGGCGUGUCAUCCUCCUCACCACUAUCGCCUUCACAAUCCAGGCCGGCAUCUUCAUCACCGUCCGCCAUAUCCAGCUCGUCGCCGCCCGUCGCCAAGUCCAGUGGCCCUCUUCGCCUCUCACCAGCGCGCCGCGCCGCCGCGACGACUACCACCUCUUCGUGCUCGGCUCCGGCGGGCACACGCGGGAGAUGCUCAUGAUGAUGGACGACGGCGCGUGCGACUUCACCCGCUUCCACCGGCGGUACCUCGUCUCCUCCGGCGACGCCAUGUCCGCGCACCACGCGCGCGACUACGAGGCUUCCCUCGCCAGCCUCUGCGCCGCCCGCGGCACCGACCCGGGCACGCACGACGUGGUGCACGUCGCUCGUGCGCGCUGCGUCCACCAGAGCCUGCUGACAACGCCGGCGAGCGCGCUGCGCAGCGUGCUGGACAUUGUCCCGGCGCUGCUGCGGCGGCCGGCGGGCAGCGGGCGGCGGAAGCACCCGUCGCUGGUGUUUUCGAACGGGCCUGCGACGGGCUUCUUUGUCGCGCUGGUCAUUCAUGUGCUGAAAAUCGCGUGGGUGGUGCCGCAGGAUAGUAUGCGCUUCGUGUACAUCGAGUCGUGGGCGCGCAUCUCGACGCUGUCGCUCACAGGGAGGCUGCUUCUGUACACCGGGCUGGCGGACUUUUUCGCGGUGCAGCACGCGCAAGUUGCUGCUGGGUACGGCGUCCGGGAUGUGGGACAGUUGGUCUUUAAUGCAAGGCGAGAAGAUAUAUAG